AUGGGGCUGGACUUUGCUCUCAAUAUUUCUGAUGAAGCUGUGCCUUAUGGAGGAAAAAGUGCCUUUACCCAACUGGAGCAUAACAUAGUGGCUGCAUAUCUCAUCACAGCAGGAGUGAUCAGCUUGUCCAGUAACAUCGUAGUCUUGAUGAUGUUUGUGAAGUUCAAGGAGCUCCGCACGGCCACCAACAUCAUCAUCAUAAACCUGGCCUUCACAGACAUCGGGGUGGCGGGGAUCGGCUACCCCAUGUCCGCGGCCUCUGACCUCCAUGGCAGCUGGAAGUUUGGGUACACGGGUUGCCAGAUCUACGCAGCCCUGAACAUCUUCUUUGGCAUGGCGAGCAUCGGCCUACUCACUGUGGUGGCCAUUGACCGAUACUUAACUAUCUGCAGACCACAUAUAGGUCAGAAAAUGACCAUGCGCUCGUAUAACCUCCUGAUCGCGGCUGCCUGGCUGAACGCAGUGUUCUGGUCGUCCAUGCCUAUCGUGGGCUGGGCUGGCUACGCUCCUGACCCCACCGGAGCUACAUGCACCAUCAACUGGAGAAACAAUGAUGCCUCUUUCAUCUCCUACACCAUGGCAGUGAUUGCGGUGAACUUUGUGGUGCCUCUUUCGGUCAUGUUUUACUGCUACUACAAUGUGUCUGUGACUGUCAAGAGGUACAAGGCUACAAACAGCCUGGACAGCGUCAAUGUGGACUGGUCUGAUCAGAUGGAUGUCACUAAGAUGUCCAUAGUGAUGAUCAUCAUGUUCCUGGUGGCCUGGUCUCCUUACUCUAUGGUGUGUCUGUGGGCUUCCUUUGGUGACCCUAAAACCAUCCCAGCUCCCAUGGCCAUCAUCGCUCCCCUGUUCGCCAAGUCCUCGACCUUCUACAACCCCUGUAUCUAUGUCAUUGCCAACAAAAAGUUCAGACGAGCUAUCAUAGGGAUGCUUCGGUGCCAGACCCGACAGAGAGUGACCAUAAACACUCAGGUUCCCAUGGCGAUUUCCCAACAGCCGCUGACCCAGUAA